CAGCCUGGGUGUGUAUUCCUUGAAAUGCAUUCUAUCUGAUAAUUCGGAGUUUCAAUUCCAAAACACAAGGGGCUAGGGCAGCUGAGAAGUGAGAGAACAACACAGAAAGAAGUGUGAAGGUUGUACAACGAAAAAAUCACGCCUCGGAUCUGAUAAGAAAAUGAGCCCGGGAAGCAGAACACAACCACCAUCCUAAACUCUCUCGCCUUCUACCAUCCCUCAUCGCACUUUACCUUCCUCCAAAAUCUCUCUUCCUUCUAUUCCCUUCUCUCUCUUCUUCGUGCAGAUCCUUUCCUUUCCUCGAGUUCUAACAUUCUACCAUUGCCUUUGAUUAAACACUUUCCAAGACACCAAUUCUCCACCUAAUAUCUCGCCCUCGCAGCCGCUUUGGCUGUGAUCGAAUAUCGAGAUGUCUAGCUCGAACUCACCACCUGUUCGGGUUGCUGUUGAAGGCUGUGGCCAUGGCUGUCUACACGAUAUUUACGCGUCGGUUGAACAGGCUGCCACUCUGAAUGGAUGGGAUGGAGUCGAUCUACUGAUUAUCGGCGGCGACUUUCAGGCCGUUCGCAAUUCGAACGACAUGGCUUGCAUGUCGGUUCCCGCAAAGUACAAGGAAAUCGGUGAUUUUCAUGAGUAUUACAGUGGGAAACGAACUGCACCUUACUUAACUAUCUUCAUUGGGGGCAAUCACGAAGCUAGUAAUCACCUCUUUGAGCUAUAUCAUGGAGGGUGGGUAGCACCCAACAUCUACUAUUUGGGAGCCGCCAACGUCCUGCGAUUCGGCCCGCUUCGUAUUGCUGGAUUUUCCGGUAUUUGGAAGGGGUAUGACUACAGAAAGCCCCAUUUUGAGAGACUUCCAUUCAACCGGGAUGAAAUUGGAAGCAUUUAUCACGUUCGAGAGCUUGACAUCCGCAAGUUGCUUCAAGUUCGUACACAGGUUGACAUAGGCUUGUCGCACGACUGGCCCAAACAAGUUGAGUACUCUGGCGAUUGGCACCAGCUCUUCAGGGCGAAACAAUUCUUUCGCGAAGAUUCUCAGAACGGCAGACUUGGUAGUUCGGCUGCACAAUAUGUUCUCGAACGGUUACGCCCUGCCUAUUGGUUUUCUGCCCACCUACACGUAAAGUUUUCAGCGUCUGUCCAGCACGAAUCGCAAGAAACUGAGUCGAAACACCACUAUGGCCUGGACGGUGCAUCUUUCACAUCCAUGGUUUUGGGAGAAGAAGAGGAAGGAAACCAACAAGCCAGGACCAACAUGGGUAUUCCUAAACCAAACACUCAUGCACCUCCUGAAAACGAACAUAAUAUCGGACAGCAUGAGAAAUCUGAAGAUCCUACAAAACCAGGAAGUGCUUCACAAGGCCUUGAAGCAACAGACACUGGCCCAUCUCAUAACACUCCUGGAAACACUCCUGAACUACUAUCGGCCUGGAAGAAUUUCCACCAAGUCGCAGCCAAGAAUGAGGCAGAAGAGAACUCUCGCUUCCUAACAGAGCAAGCAAAGAAUUCAGGGAGUUCGGCUCCUAACGUCCAACACAACCUAACCUGGCGCAAGGUUGAUACGGAUGACGAUGGAAUAGGCCGUAAACUAGCGGGUGUUGAAAAGAGCGGACCCCGCGAGAAUAAGAAACAAAAGGUUCAGCAUGAACCCGCGACAGUCAAGAACUCCGACGAGAUUGAUUUGGACUUGGAUAGCGAGUCCGACCAGGAACCACAGACCACAACCGCAAACGCCCCUUCGUCAAACGCCACUGCGGACAAUACGACCAGCAACCCAGAAUUAGUCCACCCUUCUCCUACCUCGCAGGGGUCCCGGUCAGAAGUUUCUGAGGACCUCCGAAAGCAGCUUCCAAGCAGUUUCCUGGCUCCCCAGGCACCACCACCUCAAGCCGCACCAGCCAAACCCCCCUUUCCAGAAGCUAUCUUCAACAAAACCACCAAUUUUCUCGCACUUGACAAAUGCCUUCCCAAGCGUGAAUUCCUUCAACUUGUAGAGAUCAGUGCCGUGUCAGACGAAGAUGGGGCACAGCUGCAACGUCCGUUCAGUCUACACUACGAUAAAGAAUGGUUAGCCAUCACCCGUGUCUUCGCAGGAGAGCUUAAUCUUGGCGAUCCGGCCGCCAAACCACCGCUAGAUAGGGGGGAAGCUACAUACAAGCCGCUCAUCGAGGAAGAAGAAAAGUGGGUUGAGGAGCAUAUUGUCAAGCCUGGGAAGCUUGCAGUUCCUGGAAAUUUCACUCCUACUGCGCCGGCUUACGAUCCUGAAGUCCCAGUUACCACCGAGCAGCAACCACCCGAGUACAACAAUCCGCAGACAGCCGCGUUCUGUGAGCUAGUUGGCAUAGAAAACAAAUUUUAUUUGACCGAGGAGGAACGCGAUGCCCGUAUUACCGCGGGUCCACGUCCUUGUGAUCCAUCGACUGGUCGCGGCCGUGGUGGUCGUGGAGGAUUCGGUGGCCGUGGUGGUGGCGGCGGCGGCCGUGGACGUGGUUAUGGGCGCAGUUUUGGGCGUGGUGGUGGACGCCGCGGUUAAUGUGUCUCGAUGAUUAGAUUUGAAGUGAACUGAAACAUGAUGUCAACUUUGAAAAGUGGAUUGUGAGAUAGACAUGGCACUCUAUGUCUUUCUACGGAGUUUACGCAGGCGUCCCCCCGGUUUCGACAUGAAGUACUUUCUUUUUUCAUGUAACCCAAAUGAAUUUUCUACACAUAUCAUAUGUCCUAUUGUAUUGUCGACUACCUAGCAUGUGCUAAAAGGUAUAAUGAAGCAGUCAUGGAUGAACCAUAUGGUAGUGUUUUUUAUUUGAACAAGGCUAAAUAUUU